AUGACGUGCCGGGAGAGGCACGAGCCGUACGACGGCCCGGUGAACCAGAAGCCGCCGGAGACGGACUGCUCGCGCUUCCACGCGGACGAGCACGCGCACACGAGAGCGCUCGUCGAGGCUGGGGGCGCGGCGGUGACCGCGGAGGCUCUGGUGGAGAGGAAGAACAUCCCGGGGGGCGCGAGGAAGCCGGACGGCGUCGCGAGGGCAUUCGACGAGAAUUACGCGAUGCCGCCGCGGUUCAUCGACGUGCGGAAAUCCAACGCGUUCGGCGCUGGGACGAAGAAGGAAGCGGCGGCGGCGGAGGAGGAGGGAGGAGGGGGAGGGGACGAUCGGCCGGCGUCCGCGGCGGCGUUCGUCGCGCGCGCGGCGGCGGCGCGCGAGCGGAGAAUCGCGGCGGAGGACGCGACGAAGACCCCGGAGACGCUCCAACGCGAGGAGAUUCAGAUGCGCACGCACCGCGCGUCCGUGGAAGCGACGCUCGCGGCGAAGAAGCUCGACGAGGAGAAAGAGGCGGAUAAAACGUACGGGGAGCGACGGUUAGCGACGAACCAUCGCGCUGGGCUCACGCAAAAGACGUUCAGAAAACUCCUCGGCGAAGCCGGCGUGCUCUCGGACGACGUGACCCCCGCGAGCGUGGACAUCAUAUUCGCCCGGUGCCGCGCCCCCGGGAGCGACAUCUUGACGUACGGAGAGUACCUCCGCGCGAUCGCGCACGUCGCGCACGUCACGAAAUCGAAGUUUGGUCACGUCUGCGGCGUGCUCACCGCCGUCGGUAAACCGCGAGCGCAUUACGCGUUGACGCCGCGGCAGGUCGCCGCCGCGGGGCUGACGCCGAGCGAGGGCGGGCGCGCGCACGUGAUGAGAGCGGGCGACCGCGCGUACCGAACGAAGCGACACCGAUGCGGGCUGUUCAUUCCGAAGCUGUCGUGCGCGGGGCUCGCGGAGAGCUGCGAGCGUUCGCACCAGAACGUUUUGCGACGCAUGAAGGGGGAGGAGUCGCGCGACGAGAGAGAACGAGAGAUGGCGCGGAUCCAUCGAAGGAGCCUGGGCAUUCAUCACGCGAAGGCGCGGUUAGAGAGCGCGAAGCGCGUCAUGAACGACAAAGACACGUGGCACUUCGUGAAGGAGCUCGAGGAGCUUCGCAAAGAGGGGCACGGUCUGAACUGGCCGGGGCAGGAGCACGCGGAGGACCCGAUAAAAACGCGCGAGGGGAGAGCGUUACGCGAAUCCGUGACGUGGCUCAUGAACACGGUCACGAUGAACGAAGGCGGCGGCGUCCCAGAGCUCCCCAUGGGCGUGACCGUCAAACAAGCCGCGGCGUUGAUACGCGCCGACCCGCGGUAUCCGAACCUGCCGUCGUCCGCCGUCGACCGACGCGCGCGCGACGUCGUCGUCGACGGCGUCCACGGCACGCGCACGACGCUUCCGGACGGGAAGACGUGGACGAUGACGCGGACGCAGAGAGGUAGCUCUAGAAGCGGCGGAAGCAGAGAAGACGCGAACAGGGGUAGUACAGCUGGCAGCAGAGCGCCGCAGCCCGCGUGGGCGGCGCGGACGCCGUCGUUGGCGUCGCACGGCGCGCGGCUUCCGUUCGGCUCGGCGACGACGGCGGUGCCCGCGACGUCGCUCGCGUUUCUGCGCGAGAGCGGCGCGCUGAGCGCGAAGCGGCGGCCGCCGGACCCGAUGGCGGCGGCGGUGCGGACGCUGCGCGAGAUGCAGGCGAACGGGGAGAUGUGA